CACACCUGCGAUAGAGGCUCGAUAAAGCGAUAUAGUUUUGGUAUAAAUACUAGAAAUUUAUGAAUGAAUACAUUCGUCUCCAAACAGCAGACAAAAUGUACCGGUUCGUGGUCUCGUUCUCUGCUCUCCUCGCCCUCGCGGCUGCCAACACGACGCAAGUCAGCCAGUGUCAGCACACCCAGGCACCUCUGCCCAGCAACACAUACAUCCAGGGCUGCACCAGUCCACCGUGCGCACUGCCGCAGCUGCAGGAUGCCAUCGUUGACAUGGAGUUCGUGGCACCUCGUCUUCUGACCAACAUGAGAACUCUCGCCACGGUGUACAUUCUGGGUGGAAGUCUAGCCCUUCCUUUCGACCUGGGAGCGAACUCUGAGACCUGCAACCACCUGACCAACGCCUCCUGCCCCGUUGCAGCUGGACAGACUUUGGGUUACACCCUCAGGAUGUUCAUUGAAGCUUUCUUCCCAGUGGGUACUGAAGUCACAGUGGAGUUCCGUAUCGUUGACCAGAGCAACGCUCCCGUGGUGUGCGCCCGUGUUCCCAUCAGGAUUGUUUUUCCUUAAUCUGAUGCUGUUUGCUAUAGAAACAAUUUUGCUUACAUAACGUAUAAUUAAUUCUGUAUAAAGUUUUAGAAAACAAUAGAUAUUGUUUCCAUUAAAUAGAUUUCUGUUUCCAAAUGUUUUGUUCACUUUUUUUAAAUAAAUUACUCAUUUGCGCUUGUUAA